AGCUGACCCAGCUGGGCAGGAAGGAAGGAGGAGGAAAGAAGAUGGAAGGAAACAGGGACGAGGCUGACAAAUGUGUCAACAUCGCCGCCAAAGCCAUAGAUGCUGGGGACAAGGAGAAGGCGCUCAAGUUCCUCCGUAAAGCAGAGAAGCUCUUCCCGACACACCGCGCUAAAGCCUUGUUGGCAGCUUUAACCAAGAACGGGAGCUCGGCGGCGAACGGAGCGCAUCGCAGACGGGCCGCAGACAAUGCGGCGAACGGAGGCGCACAAGCGGGUAAAGACCGCACGCACGAGUCUGGCGGAGGCGAGUCAUCGAAGGGGUUCACGCAAGAUCAGGUGGAAGGCGUUCAAAGAAUAAAGCGCUGCAAAGACUACUAUGAAGUGCUCGGUGUCAGCAAAGAGGCCAGUGAUGAGGAGCUCAAGAAGGCCUACAGAAAACUGGCCCUCAAGUUCCACCCAGACAAGAACCAAGCUCCUGGAGCGACGGAGGCCUUUAAAAAGAUCGGUAACGCAUACGCCGUGCUGAGCAACCCGGCCAAACGACGGCAGUAUGACGUCACUGGAGGGGAGGAGCCAAGCGGGGCAGGCCACUCUCCCGGCAACGGUUUUGACUUCCACAGAGGCUUCGAGGCUGACAUCACACCUGAGGACCUCUUCAACAUGUUCUUUGGAGGAGGAUUCCCUUCAUCGAGCGCGCACACCUUCACCAACGGCAGGACGAGCUACAGCCAUCACGCGGACCAGCGACAAGAGAGGACAGAAGAAAGAGGAGAUGGUGGUUUCUCAAUGUUCAUUCAGCUGAUGCCCAUCGUAGUCCUGAUCUUGGUGUCAAUACUCAGCCAGAUGAUGGUUUCUCCUCUUCCCUACAGCCUGUACUCUCGACCCUCCACGGGUCAGACCAUUAAGCGGCAGACGGAAAACCUGCACGUGUAUUACUAUGUCAACAAAGAUUUCAAGUCUGAAUAUAAAGGAUCUGCGUUGCAGCAGAUCGAGAAAAACCUGGAGGAAGACUACGUGUCCAAUGUCAGGAGUAACUGUUGGAAGGAGAGACAGACAAAAACAGACCUGUUGUAUGCCGCCAAGGUGUACAGAGACGAGCGCAUGCGCAAGAAGGCCGAGCUCAUGACAAUGGACAACUGCAAGGAGCUAGACAGACUAAAUAGCCUCUUUAGAGGCGGAUGAGUUAGUCUCCAAGACACUGUUAGAUCUUUUAAAUAUAUAUGAAUAGAUGUGUACGUUCAUGUUUUUUAAGAAAUGACCUUUACACUAGGUGCAAUCACAAAAUAAAAACCCUAUUGAAAUAAUGUAGCUCUAAUGUUGGAAGUUUAAAAAUUCCCUCUUCAUGUUCGCCUCACAUUUAAAGAAGAAAUGAACAUUCCGGAGAAAAACUAUUUUUUUUUCCAUUCUCCUGGUGCAGAAAGGAUGCUUGAUUAUAAGCUGUGUGCUUGUAGUAGUGAACACAUCCACUUCCUUGUUGUUUAAAACCACCAAUCAGCUUACAGCAUGACCCGCUUGAAGACAUCAUCAGUUUGGACGGAGUGUGGUUUAGCCACACCUGUGGAAUGGAUGAAGAACACUGGAUCAGAACAGAGGAGAAAUCCUCUCAUUGCUACAAAUGAACUUAUUGAUGCAGAUGUACAUUUUCAUGUUUGAAUGUUGGAAGUUUAUGCAGUUAUUUAAAUAAUUAUAGAAGAUACUGAUUUUCUUCAAUGCUCGCUUAUCAUUGAAAUAAAGUAAU